AAGUCAAUCAUUAUACGAUCUUUUGCAACCGUCAGAUUUACUAAUGCAUUGAUUGACUUCUUUAGAAGAUAUUGUUCUCUGAUAAGAGCGUUGUUUAACUUACACCUUGUCCGCAUUAAGACACAUUUAAGAUUAAGUACAGACUAAAAUCUUUACAUUAAGAGCCUCAACUUCUUCACGUAUCAUAAGUGAAACAGGUGAUUAUCGAAUCCAGUCAUUCAUACAUACAUAAUAUAGGCUACAUUUACUGGUACACACCUACACAACAGACUGAUAUGUCCGUCAAUGUAUAUAAAUACAUAAGUUCUAGGUCAAGCUGGUUUAUACAACCAAUAAAUAAUAUUGUUGUGUGUUUGUUUAGUUGACAAUAUUGAUUAACGGUUACAAGAAGAUUAACAUUCAUGACUGUAGCGAAAUCUGGGGAGAUAACUCUUGUUGACAAAUGGAACCAUUUUUCGCCGAAGAAUUUGAACAAAAAGUCGUGUGCCAUGCAUUCCAGCAUCAAGUUGGUGGACACAAAUGUGUACUGCAAAUAACUGAUAAUUUAAUUUGCAAGCCUUGUGAGGAAGCCGAAAGAAAUUUUUACAACAGCACUCCUGAGGAGCUUAAACCAUAUGUUCCUGGCUAUCGAGGGGAAAUUUUCGUUUACUGUGAGGGAGACGAAAGUAGGCACACAAUUUAUGCCAAAAUUCCAAGAUCUAUUCUAAGAAAUCAGCGACUAAAUGCUGGUAAAGACAGAUGCAUUGGUGACGAAAGUUGGAGUCAGUCACGUCUGAAUCAUUGUAUAGAAGGAGGGGCAUUGUGGAAGGAUAACAAAAAUGAAAAAUUCCUUAUGUUCGAUAACCUGGUGGCUGACUUUGAACGACCUUGUGCCUUAGACAUUAAAUUAUGUAGAUACUACCACGGACAAUGUGAGGACGAACAUAAAAGAAAGAAACUGGAACAAAAGAGCAACAACUCGACAAGUUUGAGUUUGGGGUUUCGGAUCUGUGGGAUGCAGGUAUAUCACCCAGAAACUGGAAAACUGGAGAAACACAACAAGUACUUUGGAAUGUCCAUAAAUGACAAUCAGGCAGUUGAAGUACUAAGAACUUUCUUUGGAAAUAGUUCUAACACAAAUCUACAUAAUAUAUCUAACACAGUUAGAAAUAUACAUACUGCAAUUUUAAAUCAAACCGACUUUGUGUUCCUUUCCAUUUCGCUUUUUUUCUUUUACGACUGUAAGAAACCCGACGUCACAUCGUCGAUACAGAAAGCGGAAGUAGACGACCAGAAUGUUCAAGCAGGUUUUAAAGUUCGUUUAAUAGAUUUCGAAAAAGCGAUCGCAAGUUCAGACAACAAAAUCCACCAGCUUCCACAACGUAUCAAAGACAACAUAAAUUAUGGAAUGGUAAACCUGGCUAACAUUAUUGACAGUUUUGUGAUAGAAAAGUGAGAAUAAGUGUAGUUUUACUGAAGUUUUUAAUUAUGCAAUAACUAUAAAAUGGCAAAUCAUGCUUUUAGUAUAGGAAACUGUAUAAACGGAUCAGUACAUUGAAACCAAUAGACAUUUGCUCCCUUUUUGUGUGAAUGAUAUACUUUCUUGAAAAAGUUAGAAAUGUAUUGGAGCCUUGUAUGUCAAUUUUAACACCGACAGCAGAAUGAGCACGGAGAGUUAAGAUAUUUGUAAAAUUCACGUUUGCGAGCGUAUGACACCUUUACAAAAAAGACACAAUAACAUCCUUCAAUGACGAAAUCGUAACCCUGAAAAUCACGUUGCUUAAGAAGAUGACAAAUCCCCGUUUUUCUUAAAUAUGAAUAAAAAUUGGCAUACGGAUAUUUGACGGUGAAAA